AUGGCAGCUAAUGAUCCCGCCACCUCCACCGCCUCAGGCGGAGAAAUCUCGUUUGAAGAGACCCUCUCUACCUUUUGGAGAGAUGAAGCUUUUCAUGAUGUUACCCUAAGAUCUACGGAUGGUAUUCUGAUUUCAGCUAAUCGCUGUGCUUUGGCGGCACGGAAUGGUUUCUUUCGGAAGAUGUUUCUUACCCAAUUCAAAGAGGCCAAGGCUCCAACGGUGGAAGUUGGCUUUCCUGGAGUAAUUAUGAACGCAGUGUUGGAAUAUCUUUACACGAACAAAGCAGGCAUUCUGCUUGACUGUGCAGCUGACGAGACAAGUGAGCCCUCGGAAACUCCAAGUGGUGUACUAUCAGAUGACACUUUGCGCAACUUUCAGCUUCUGCUAACUGCGACGGAAGCCGCUGCGUACUACGAUUUGCCAGGUCUCUGUGGGCAGAUCUCGGAAUGCCUUUCUAUCCACCUCCGAGUAUGCCCUGCUCUUUCCAUCGUGACUCUGGUAGCUACCAGCGCUCCUGAAAAGAUCAAACAAAUUGCGUUCACCAACAUUCAAGACUAUCCUGAAAAGUGCUUGGUGGGAAGCGUCAUCAGCGGUUUACGUCAAUCUGAUAUGAAGAUCCUCUUGGAAGACAGCAAAGAAGACCUUGGACUUCACGAUUUCCAUGUUUUCCAGCUCAUCCAACUCUGGGAUUCCACCACGGGAGAAAAGGAUGGUCAUGCUCGAGCAAAAGAACUCGUUGCAAAACACGUUGAUCUUAAGAAGGUCAGCCCGAACAGAUUGUCCUCGUCAGUUGCCGCAUCCGGACUUGUGAACAAGGAACAACUUUUUGAUGCCUUCAAACACCAAGCGUUGUUGGCAGAGAAAGAACAUGGUGUAAGGUUUGAGCCCGAGCCUGAGCCCAAUCUGCGUUGCAUCUGGAUCUCCAGUCAGUCAAAAGAAUUUAUUUCGAAACAGGCUGGUUGGAACACUGGUCACUUAGACUGCAAGCCAAUGGUUUCGGGGAAACAUCAGUGGAAGUUGAAGGUAAACAAGAGUACCAGCCAGGACCAUUUAGCGCUGGGUGUGGUCUAUACGGCACAAUCAAUUGAGACCUUGAACAGCGGAAACAUGUAUGUUGGUUAUAAGAGUGGAGGAGGAUGGAGUUACGCAGGGAACGGUUAUUCCCUGAAUGAAGGAAUUGUGCAUAGAUGCUGCCAGGAUCUCUUCCGACAAGACUCGGUCGUUACGUUGACCCUGGAUCUCACCCCAGGCAACCCGAAGAAUGGGAGUUUGUCCAUUUCAGUGGACCACGGACCAACUUACGAAGAUGUAUCCAACUUGCGUGCUCGCCUAGUAAGUGGUGGCGGCUUCAUUCCCGCAGCAUCAAUUGGCCAACAUGGAGACUCCGUAGAGAUUUUGAGCAUGAAAAAGUUGUGA